UCGUGGCGUUGCGGCCCGACAGUCGCGUCGGCGCUUCGUUCGCCAGCCGUCGUCAAACUUAUUCUCCUGCCGGGCCUCUGAUAUGCUUUCGUUAUCUCGCUCUGAUGGUGUGUAAAUCUUAGUGUGAAAUUCGUUCUUUACAGAUUCGAGGGAUACACGAGUAUUCGUAUCUGCGUUGGAUCUCUCAAGGAAUUAAAUUGCGACAAACGGAUUCUUAGUGGUCCCCGCAACCGCAAUGUCUCUGCGUUCCGCAGCGAGCCCAAGCCCGACUUGAGAGUCGUAAGGAAGAUAGACUACCAAUCAAUCUGAACAGUAUCCCAAAAAGUAAUUUGCUCCUUUCAAUGAUAUCAUUGAUGUUGAAGUAAUAAUAAUAAUAAUAAUAAUCAAUUGACUAAUUAGUUAUUAAUGAAUAUUUUUAUGAAAUAUUAAAAUAAGGAAAUUAAAUAAUAAAUAAUUGUUACAUUCGGGAAUUGAGAGAAAGUAGCAACCAUCGCUGAUUCGCCAUAAGGAGAAAUAUAUAGUGAUGGCAGUGACAUUUUUGCAUUUGCUUUUGAGUCGAUUUGUACGCUUGGUCGAUCGAAAAAUUCGAUUAAAAUAAGAAUGUGUAUCAAAUCGACAGACUAGAAACAUACCGGAGCAAGAUUGUCACAAGAUGCAAAAGCGAAAAAGCAGAAAACAUGCAUAGAGGGAAAAUAGAAUCAAAGAAAACGUAUAUGAUUGAUGAGGAGGAUGUUAACAGUGAUAAACAUGGUAUAAUGAUAACAUAUACGGUUCGAGGAUAAUCACUGACUUUAUCAACAACUCUCAGCACUUAGAAAACUGAACGAUCAUUUUUGUGCGUUUGCUCAAGAUAUCCUCUCCAACAUCAAAUUGGAGUGAAUUUGGGUCUGGUUGUUAAUGAAUAUUAAUUGUUUUCCAAUGAGUACAAAUUAAAAGGAUAGUUGUGUUAAAAUCGAUGUGGUGCGUGGAUCUCAUAAAUAUCAAGUAAUCUGUGAAUAUUGACUUAAGUGAGAUCGCGACGCAAACCGGAUGAGAUGUGUCGAAUGGAGUAACGUCGGGAUUUCUCGCAGAUCAUCGUCAUCGUGGAUCAUCGAUGUAGCGCGAUGUCGGCCUGGUGGCCUGUCGUGGCGGCGGCGCUAUGCGUCUGGAUGGUCGCUGGAGAUCAAUUCAGCGACAACACACCGCCCGUAAUAUGGCUGGAUCGAAACUGGGUACUUCCGGAUACCGAGCCCGUAGGAAGUGUCGUGACCAGGGUUCGCGCCAAUGACAAUGAACAGAACAAUUUGACUUAUGGUCUAGAACACCGUCAUAAUUACAAUGGAGAUGGUAGUCCUCAACCGCCGUUACCAUUCUCCAUUGACAGCAAGACCGGCACAGUAUAUCUCAAUGAAACUCUCAAAGGAAAAGUGACCUGGAAAUUACAUUAAUUAUUAAUUAUUACUACUAUUAAAUUAAAGGAAGAUUUCUUUUGAUAUUAUUUUAUUAACAAUUAUGGAUUAAAAAAAUUAUUUUUGACUUAUUCUUUUAAUAGGAAACCAAAUCAUGGUUCCCGUGGCCCGAUACGACCGCCUUUCCCUCUCAGUAUAUCAAAUCGACCGCCCUUUCCCUCGCCAUUACCCCCUUUGCCGCCAAAACAGUAUCAUCUUGAAACUACGAAACUCGAGUUGGAGAAAGUGAAACCUAAAGAGAAUGACGUCAGUGUUGGCACCAGUACUGUCAGUACCAUCACUGAAGAGAGCGUCCAGGUGAACGAAGUAGAGGGUCCUGCAUUGAGUUCAAAGGUCGCACCCUCUGCUGCGCCGCCUUCGCAGGACAUGGCGAUGACAUUGGUGCCAGUAGCAGCUGGAUGUGCCCUCAUUGUGGGUCUUGGUAUGGGCGUCUGGUCUUUGAGGAACAGAUUUUGCGGCAGCCGCAAAUCCAAAACAGACACGAAAGAACAGGCGUCAGUUAGUGUUUCUAAUUUGUCUGAUGAUCCUUCUCUCGUCCUGAAGAGAUGGCGAGGUUCAAAGGCUCAUGGUAAUCGUUACCAGCCAUGGGAGAGAGAAUCCCAAGCAGGCAUUCAGAACAAACAGGAGGAUAAAUGGGAAUUUCCCAGACAUAGAUUAAAAGUUUUCAAUAUUCUUGGUGAGGGUUGUUUCGGACAAGUAUGGAAGUGCGAAGCUGUAGAUAUCGACGGCAAAUCCGGCCCCACAAUUGUGGCGGUAAAAACUCUGAAAGAAAACGCCACCGAACGAGAACGAUUGGAUCUCGCGCAGGAAUUGCGCGUUAUGAAGAAUCUAGAUCCUCAUCCCAACGUGGUGAGACUUCUAGGAUGUUGCACCGAACGAGAACCCAUGUUCGUCAUUUUGGAGUACGUGAGUGGUGGUAAGCUACAAAGUUUCCUCAGAGCCUCCAGAGAGGAGAGAAAUCAUGGGGGAGCGGGAUUGACCUCCAGGGAUCUUACUGGCUUUGUAUAUCAGAUUGCCAAAGGUAUGGAAUACUUGGCAUCAAAAGGUAUUAUUCACAGAGACUUGGCUGCCAGGAAUAUUCUGAUCGAUGAGAAUCGCGCGUGCAAGGUGGCAGAUUUCGGUUUUGCCAGAGAUGUGGCAGCCAAUCAGAUUUACGAAAGAAAAUCCGAGGGUAGAUUGCCUAUCAGAUGGAUGGCACCUGAGAGCUUGUAUGAUAAUAUAUUCUCCGUUAAAUCUGACAUUUGGAGUUUCGGCGUCCUGAUCUGGGAGAUUGUGACAUUAGGAUCAACUCCGUAUCCUGGACUAGCUGCAGCAGAGGUAAUGCGAAGAAUCAAAGAAGGCUACAGAUUGGACAGGCCUGAGCACUGUAAAAGGGAGCUCUAUAAUAUAAUGUACUAUUGCUGGGACAAGGAUCCGGCAUGCAGGCCAUCCUUCGCUGAGCUUGUCAACUUAACCGAAGGCUUACUUCUUGACGAAACGGAUUAUAUCGAACUCGACAGGUUUCCGGAUCAUUCGUAUUAUAACGUGCUCAAUCUCAGCGGAGAGAAACUGUGAAAUUCGCGUAAUGAUCUUCAACGUUGUGUCACUCGAUUUUCGCAUAGAUAAGUUGCCACAUAUUUCCGCAAUAGCAUUAUCACUUAAUUAGAUUAACUUUCACUGCAUAACGAUGUGGGUGAAAAAUUUUUUGGACUAAUUUAUUGGGCCGAUGAUCUUUUUAGCUAAAACAAAUUAUUAUAUUUAUAAAUUAUACGACCGAUCAAAAAGUAAUAUCGCAUUUUAAUAACAUGUGUUUAAUGAAUUUGCUCGAGAAUGAUUUAAAACAGAUCCUUUGAUCCUUCUGUUCCAUACGACACAAGACUGUUCGAUCAUUUUGUUAAAUACUCACAUGUGUACAUGUUAAAUAAUACUCACGUGUGUGUACAUACAUACAUACAAGAAGUACAUCAUUUUUAGUACAUAAGAACAGAAAAUAAAAUUUAAUCUAAACGCGACACAAUUACAAGUUGAAGAAAAGUAUUCCUAAUAUUUUAAUCACUAUUCAUUCAUAUAAAUAUGAAUCUGUAUAUAUGUACUGAGUUAAACAUUGUUGUAAGUUAUUGUACAAUUGUUUGUUGUAAGAAUAAAUAAAUAAACGUAUGCACAUUGUA